CUAAUCCAUGCAUCCCUCGCCAAUGGAAACUAGCUUGCUAUUGGCUGGCGAGGGCAGUGACAUCAUCAAGCUGAUCUAGCCUCUCGGGCGUCGUUCUGCUGCUGCGUAGUGAGGCAGUGACCGGCGGACAGGAUCACACAGGCCGACCGAGCAGCAUCAUGUCCGCCUACAGGCAACAGACCGCGGCCCGGGGCCGGGACUUCAACAGCAUCAUCCAGACCUGCAGCGGCAACGUCCAGAGGAUCACACAUAACAGUGAGUGCCAGCUCCGGACACGGUGCCCUUCAUCACACACAGCAUCUCACACACACUGAGCUGUGCACACUGACAGCAUCACACACACACACAGCAUCUUACAUACACAGCCCUGUGCACACUGACAGCAUCUCACACACAGCCCUGUGCACACUGACAGCAUCUCUCACACACACACACACACACAGCCCUGUGCACACUGACAGCAUCUCACACACAGCCCUGUGCACACUGACAGCAUCUCACACACAGCCCUGUGCACACUGACAGGGUUCACAUACACAGAGCUGUGCACACUGACAGCAUCCGUGGGGGAGGAAGGGAAAUGGUCCCUUUCUGUUUAUAUGAGUGCAGGGUUGGGCUACACUAGUAACAGCACUGCUGUCUCAGGAAUGGGUGGAUGAGAGUAGGCCCUGCACACAGGGCUGUGUAUGUGUAACAUGUUAAGAUUACUCCCAUAUUGCUCAUACUUGCAUUACACCUGGGUAUGGUCCUGUGACAGGAAUCACUGACAUCUGGCUUGAUGCAUUGCUGUCUGGGAGUAAUGUGAAACACAGUCCACAGCAGCUGGAAUGCCGUCUUUACUGCUCUAGUCAUUGCUGGGCAGACCUGGCUGGCCGAUGAUUGUGGGAGUAGAAGUCUUUGGUAAAAGAUGUGUUGAUUGUCAGGUAUACUUCUGCUUCCUGAGAGAAGCCAAAGGGAAUGUUGGGUGCGUGUGGUUUGCAUGCAGUCCUCUCUAAACCUCAGUUACCCAGAUUGUUCCAUGUUACUGAUGUUGUCUAAAUGCAGUAAACGUGUAAGAUGAUCUAGAGCAGGGGUAGGCAACCUACGGCACUCAAGGCUUCUAGAGCCAAACAGGCUCUGGCCUAUAAGGAGUCCAAGUGAAACUUCAGAUAUCUGCUAAUAUGAAAAGGUGGUGAAGGACAAUCCUCAAUUUAUAUAUUGCAGCAAGUAGAGGAAGUGACCUCAGAUCACUUCUUCCAAGCACUUGUGAAUGGGAAUCCACACUGUGGUAGAGCAGCUCACAGCGGAUAUUGCAGCUCCUGCCCUUCACCUGUACCUGGCCAGCCUGGUCCCCACUGGAACCUAGGGAAGCCACACUGCUGGAUAUACACAGAAAUGUACAAUAACCAUCCCAUCAUACAAAUAAUACGAACAGCCCACAAACAAACAUACACACAAUCCGCACAAAUGUAACCCGCACACAACCCCACAUGCAGCCUCUCACAUGCAAUACCCCAAACAGCCCCCACACAUACACACACUACCAAACACACAAUGUGACAUAUCCAUCCACACACACAAUUCCACAAGCAGCCCCCAUACACAGCCCACAUUCGUAGGUACACGAUACCACAAACUACUCAUGAACAUAUACAAUAUAAUAGCUCAUAUACGCACAAAUACAAAGCAAUUACAGUAUAAAUAACACAAGCAGAUAGGGCAGCAUACACACCUCAAUUUUAAAAGAUAGGACCGACACGCUACGGGACAUCACAAUCCUAUAUCAUCACAGUGCUGCUACAAGGUUGCCUACCCUUGAUCUAGAGUCUAGUCUGUUAUACUUUGUCCUCCUCCAUUAUUUUUUAUUUAUUUUUAUUUUUUUUCUACAAAGGAUGGAAAAGCAAAUUGGGGGGGGGGGAGAGAAACAUCUGUAAAUCUACAGAAAUGCAAUGUUCCAGUAGUAUCUGUAAUGCUAUACAAUUCCACUAUAUCAUUUUACUUUUUAAGUUGUGCUAUUUUAAAUGGCAACUAUAAAAUACAAAACUUGUCAAAUACAGCUACAAUUGGAUCCAUAUAUGUUUAAAAGUAUUACUAAGGGUUAAAGAAGAAAGUGUUCUUUACACUAAUCAGAUGGUGUAUAUUUUCUAAUAUGUCUAAUGUUUACGUGUGUGUGUGCGUGCAUCUAUCUAUCUAUCUUGCAUAUAUAGAUGAGCAUUAGUAUAGAGUAGAUCCUGGAGUGAAAGCGGACAGGAUGCAAGUAAGGAAACUGUGGGUGUGGAUGGACAUACAAUAUCCUAUUAAGCACGUCUUUGUCAUUAGGUUAGUUCUGCAGUGCAUAUGUUAUUCAUAUCCUUAAUUUUUGAAGAUAAUGCUUUCCUUAACUAAUGGAUAGACGUUUAACCUCAUGUGAAAUGUAUACAUUUAAAAAAAAUAAAUAAAAAAAAUUAAAUAUGAUAUAAGUAUUUGAAUAACGUUAUUUAGACCCCAUACACCACCAGAUCAUCAGGAAAUAGUUAAGACCACUUUACCACCAAGUAUUUAUUAUUAAUCCCUGCUGAAUAAAUGCGAGUCAUUAAUCGUCCAUCAGAGAUUUAUUAACACCCACUGGGCCAUCGGGGAAGAUGUUAAAGCUAAUCAGAAGAGGGGGCAAAACAUCAUCUGAUCACUCUGUCAAUGAGGUGCAGGUUUAUCUCCAUGCAGAGAGCUUCCAGCUUGAAUACUUACACUAGGAAGGGCACCAGGGUAUUUGGACUUCCUUUAAAGGACCACUAUGGUGUCAGGAAUACAAACUUUUCUCACACUAUAGGUUCCCCCCGUCCCCGUCCCAUGUCACUUGUUAAGGUAAUUUAACUGACUUAUCCAACGCCUAACUGGUCUCCUCAAGGCUGGUUCCGGCCCGCACCAUCCCCUUGAUGAUCUCAGCCAAUCCACUGCUAUCCAAUUGGGAGACUAUCAUGCAUAUGUGGCAAAAUUAUGCACUGCACCAGUCAGCAUCUCCUCCUAGAGAUGCAUUAAAUUAGUGCAUCUGUUUGGGCAGCGUUCAGGUGUUCCUAGGCAGUAAUGUAAACACUGCCUUGCCUCAGAAUAGGCAAUGUUUAUAUUGAAAAGCCUGCAGUGACAGGCAGUAGACACCAGAACAACUACAUUAAUCUGUAGGUGUUGUGGCAACUAUAGUGUCCCUUUAAUCAAAAUAACAGAUUCAUAACCGUUAUUUUAAAUGUUCCAUACAUGCAUGAGUAAGGCAUCAUUUAGAUGUAUAUUGCUGUUUGGCAUAGGAUUCUGUGCAAACAGGGAUUGCAUUGUCCUCUUCCCUGUCUGGUCUGAGAUUGUCUGUGAACCCAUGAUUUAAAACUCAGCAAAACAAAUAACGUGUUCAGUAUAUCUGUGCGAAGUGCUACAAAAAUUGUGUACCUGGGCAGUGAAUCAAAUCAUGAUUUCAUACUGUUGCCAAACAAAAAUGAUCCUACAUAUGCCUCUCUAAAAGGGACACUAUAUAGUCACUAGAACUACAGCUUGUUGUAUUCUGGUGAGUAUAAUAAUUUUCUUCAUGCAUUUUUUGCUGUAAACAGUCUUUUCAGAGGAGAUGCAGUGUUUACAUUACAGCCUAUUGAUCACUCCUCGGGUGGCUGCUAGAGAUGCUAGAAGAAUAUGCUGAUUGACCAUUGCUGUGUUUGAAUUGUGCUGGCUCUGCCCUUCCUCUGCUCCUGACAGUCUCAGCCAAUCAUAUGGGAAAGCAUUGUGAUUGACUCAGAAAAAUCACUUCUGAUGAUGUCAGCCAAGCAGGCAGAUCAGGGGCAAAGGCAGCAGCUUCAGACUUUAAUACAAGUAUGAUUUUACUAUAUUUAGGGAGGACAUGGGGGCUAGAUUGUGGUUUUAACAGUACAGGAUCAGGAAUACAUGUUUGUGUUCCUUUAAAGCACAGGUUCUCAACCCAGUCCUCAAGGACCCCCUAGCUGUCCAGGAUUUAGGGAUUACCUGGGUGUGUCUAAGGUGUGGGGUUUUUUUUUGUUUUGUUUUUUCCCCAAACACCUAGUCUAAGUUGGGUUUUGUUUUUUUGUUUUUUCUUCUCUAAACACCUUAGACACACCCAGGUAAUCCCUAAAUCCUGGACUGGUCUUUGAGGACUGGGUUGAGAACCCCUGCUUUAAAGUGUCUGUUGGUUCUAAUUUACCUUUCUCCUAUUGUUUCCUCUUCUCUUCCUUUUUCAGAACUUGUUCUUCUUUUAUUUCUAAAUGAUCUAUUUCUCAUCAAAACACAAGGCAAAUGUAAGGUCUUGUAAGUAAAAAAAACUUCACAGGUUUAUUCCAACAGUCAGUCAGGACUGACUGUUGUAAGUGUAAAAAAAACAAAAAACAAAAAACUUCACAGGUUUAUUCCAAGACCUAGAGUGCUGGCUUUUUUUUUUUUUUUCAUCUGUGUGUGUGUGUGUGUGUGUAUGUAUAUGUGUGUAUAUAUAUAUUAUGUGUGUGUAUAUAUAUAUAUAUAUAUAUAUAUAUAUAUAUAUAUAUACACACACACACACACACACACACACACACACACACACACACACACACACACACACACACACACGUGUUGUGGUGGGGAAAGAAGUGUAGCUGAAAACCCCUUCCACCUGAAGUAAGUGCAUAGUUAUUACAUUGCUAAACACAAACAAGCACACCAGUCAAGCCAUAAGACUUGCUUUUCCCACAGAGCUCUCACUACUGCAAGGGAUUCUGGGUAGGCAUAUGCAAAUGAGCUCAAUAAGGCAACAACUGUCCAUGAGUGGUUCACUGGCUUUGCUCCUCUUCCUGAGUUGUUUCAAAGCUGUUGUAUACAGCAGACACCUACUCCAAGUGGAAUUAUGAGGCAAAAAAGUGGUUCUUUGAUCUCAUUUGCAUACGCCUACCCAGAAUCCCUUGUAGUAGUGAGAGCACUGAUAAAGUGAGACUUCUGUGGGAAAAGCAAGUCUUAUGGCUUGACUUAUGUGUGUAUUUGUGUUUAGCAAUGUAUUAAAUAUUUAUAAUAUAUUAUGUAUAUAUGUUUGUAUGUGUGCGUGUAUAUAUUCUAGGGCACUCUGGAGUCUUUCUGAAGUAAAUAAAUGUUGGUUUUAUUUCAGCAAUCAAAUGUUGUCAACGUACAUUUCAGUCAUAACAGACUUUUCUCUUGAGUCUAUAUAUUUAGCUGCAGUGAUUUCUGGGGCACAUUGGUACCAGCAGGGAUUAAAAGCCCUGCACUCUAUAACGGCAUAGACCUUCCUGAGGUCCUUAAGUGGUUAACAUAUACCAUGGAUCUAAUUUCUUCUCUUCUUGUGUUAAAAACCUUGUGAUAGUCUAUUAAGAAAAUGACCAUGCUUCUUCUAAUAUAUUUUUUUUGGAUGGAUUUUUUUUUUUUUUUUAAUAUAUUGUCUUAGUGCUGCUUUUGUAUUUAAUUUAUGAACAAUGCUGUCCUUUGUAUGGAAACUUCAGCUGUCCUUCAAAUGUCUGAUUAGGUAUUUGGAAAUUACAUAUUUUACAUUGAUAAGGGUUCUUUCUGAAAAUUGAUAACAUUGUGUUUAGGGCUGUUAUUAUGUCCCUUAGAGUGCAAAAAGUAUCUGUGUGUGUUUAGGUGAUAAGAGCUGCAUUCAUUACUGCAGUGUUUAACCCUGUAAUUAGUAGGAAAAAUAUUCACAUUUUGGCUAUCAAAUAGAUGAAAGGACUCCAUGCAGGAAAUAAAGAUGUUUUGUUUCUCUUCUGCCCUCCUCUCCCCCCAAAAUGGUAUUCUAUUGUGAAAAUUUUCUUAGUUUGGGUAUAAAAAGAAAAAGGGGAGUAGGGAUAAACAAAAAAUGUAAAUAACAUACCUUUAAUAGGCAAAAGGUAAAUAUAUUAAGUAUUCAUGGAUAUACAUUGCAUAAACAAAACAUUGUGACAUAGGGUACCAUUCAAAUGGCAGAUGAAGUUUAAUGUAGGUAAAUGCAAAGUUAUGCACUUCAGGGGUAAAGAAUGUUCAUACAACUUACACCCCAAGCAGUAGUGAAUUAGGGCUAACACUCAAGAAGGAUUUGGGAAUUUUUCUAGACCACAAACUAGGCAACAAUGUGCAAUGUCAACCAGCAGUUGCUAAGGCCAGUAAGGUAUUGUCAUGUAUAAAAUGGGGCAUUAAUUCUUGAAAUGAAAAUGGUAAGACCACGCCCUAAAUAUGCUGUGCACUUUUGGGCACUUAUUCUAAAGGAGGAUAUUAUGACACUAAAAUGUGCAGAGGGAAGGCUACAAAACUAAAAAAAGAAAUAAAACUGCACCUCAGCUGUUACUUACCUUCCUGCAGCUCCUGUCAGCUCCCUUCUCCUCCUCGCGAGACUUACAUUGUAAGCAGAAUGGAGCUGACAGAGGAGCUGCACGGAGGAGAAGGGAGCUGACAGGAGCUGCAGGAAGGUAAGGAACAGCUCGCUGCCAGCCCUCAACAGGACUGCCGGGCUUGUAAUGAGCCUGGCGGUCCUGGUCUGUAUUGUGGCAAUGUAAGUUGCUACAAUAGACUGACUCGAGUAUAAGCUGAAAAAAAGUGCCGAAAAAACUUGGCUUACACUUAAAUAUAUAUACGGUACUUUUUGAUCCAAGGAGAGAUCCCAAUGCCUUUCUAGGGUCAAAAAAAAGUUUGUUAAAAAAAAAUAGAAAGCACUUCUUUUGGAUCAACAACAAAAACAGAUGUGCGGGUGGCUGAACUUACAUGCCUAUGUAAUUGUGUCACUGUCAUGGUCACGUGCAGUCUGGUCUGUAAAGCUUCUUUUAAAGCCACAACGUGUGUGAGGCAAGUUUAAGCCUUUAACAAUUAGUGAUAAACAAGAGCCAUAGAAAUUAAUAAUUUCCCUCAUAAUACCAGAAACCCAUUUAUAUAUGCAGACAGACUAGAAUUAGCAAGAAAUCCAAAAGAAAGAUUUCUAUGAGUUAUUUGGAAAGGAAUAAAUCUUUAACCCCUUAAGGACCGAGGACGGUUCAGGACCGUCAUCGGCAUUUUUGCCUUGCCGACCGAUGACGGUCCUGAACCGUCCUAACGGUCUGGGGGUACUUACCUGAUCGCCGUCGUUCCCCCGGCGGCGAUCAGUGUUCCUCCGGUUGUGGGGAGACUGCCUGCAGCCCAGACAGUUUCCCCACGGCAGAUUAGGACCCCUGUGGCCAUGUGAUCGCUUAACACAGCGAUCACAUGGUCACAAUAGGUGUCCUAGUGUCUGCCUGCAGGGGGACUGUCUGUGCUGACAGGCAGUCUCCCUGCUUGUGUAAAAUCAGAAAAAAAAAAUAAAGUUAGUGUUAAUUAAAAAAAAAAAAUAAUAAUUAUAUAUGUGUAUAUAUGAUAUAUAGACAUAUAUUAUAUCUAUAUAAUAUAUGUCUAUAUAUCAUAUAUAUAAUGUCAUACUAAGUGUAUUUUAUAUUAAUAUGUACUUAUAUUAAUAUAAAAAUACACUUAUAAUUAAAUUACACACGUAUAUAUAUAAUAUAUAUAAUAACUAUAUAUAUUGUGUAUAUAUAUAUUAUUAUAAAAUAUAAAUAAUAAGUAAUUUAAAUUAAAUAAAUUUUUUUUAAAAUAAUAAUAAAAAAUUUUAAAAAAAUUAUAUAGCUAUAUGAAAUUUUAUUCUAACUGUAUUUUAAAAUUAAUAUAUAUAUAUUUAUAUCAAAAUACACUUAGAAUGAAUUUGUAUAUAUAUCUAUGUAUAUAAAAAUAAAUAAAAAUAAUAAGAAAUAUACAUACGUCCAUAUACAAAAUUACAUAAAUAAUUAUAUAAAUAUACACGUAGACUUCAAAUAUAUAAAUAUGCAUAUAUAUUUAAAUUCUACGUGCGUAUUUAUGUAAUAUUUUUACAUAAUUCAGUAAUUUUAUUGAUUGCAAUUUGAGGGACCUGCCUGCCAACCCAGGCCGAAAUUCCAGAGAAUUUAAUUUGCUAGCACUGUAUUUUACCCUGUAACGUUCUACGACACCCUAAAACCUGUACAUGGGGGGUACUGUUUUACUCGGGAGACUUCGCUGAACACAAAUAUUAGUGAUUCACAACAGUAAAACAUAUCACAGCGAUGAUAUUGUCAGUGAAAGUGACUUUUUUUGCAUUUUUCACACACAAACAGCACUUUUACUGAUGAUAUAAUUGUUGUGAUACGUUUUCCAGUUUUUAAACACUAAUAUUUGUGUUCAGCGAUGUCUCCCGAGUAAAACAGUACCCCCCAUGUACAGGUUUUAUAGCAUUUUUGAAAGUUACAAGGUCAAAUAUAUGGGUCACAUAUUUUUACAUUGAAAAUGGCCAGGUUGGUUACGUUGCCUUUGAGAGCGUAUGGUAGCCCAGGAAUGAGAAUUACCCCCAUGAUGGCAUACCAUUUGCAAAGAAGACAACCCAAGGUAUUGCAAAUGGGGUAUGUCCAGUCUUUUUUAGUAACCACUUGGUCACAAACACUGGCCAAAAUUAGCGUUCAAUUUAGUUUUUUUACUUUUUUCACACACAAACAAAUAUGAAUGCUUACUUUGGCCAGUGUUUUCGACUAAGUGGCUACUAAAAAAGACUGGACAUACCCCAUAUUGAAUACCCUGGGUUGUCUACUUUAAAAAAAAUAUGUACAUGUGGGGUGUUAUUCAGAGAUUUAUGACAGAUAAUAGUGUUACAAUGUCACUAUUGAUAAAUUUUUAAAAUGUAUGUUUUGAAACCGCAAUAUCCUACUUGUACCUAUAGCCCUAUAACAUGCAAAAAAAAGCAAAAAAGCACGUAAACAUUAGGUAUUUUUAAACUCAGGACAAAAUUUUGAAUCUAUUUAGCAGUUUUUUUCAUUCGCUUUUGUAGAUGAGUAAAAGAUUUUUCAAGUAAAAGUCAAAAACAUGUAUUUUUUUUCAAUUUUUCAUCAUAUUUUUUUAUUUUUUUUAAAUUAAAAUACAUGAGAUUAUAUAAAUAAUGGUAUGUAAAGAAAGCCCCUUUUGUCCUGAAAAAAACAAUAUAUAAUUUGAAUGGGAACCGUAAAUGAGAAAGCGGAAAAUUACAGCCAAACACAAACACCACAAAAGUGUAAAAAUAUUCCUGGUCGCAAAUGUACAACAUCGCAAAAACAGUCCAGUCCUUAAGGGGUUAAAGGACCACUAUAGUCUCGGGAAAACAAACCUGUUUUCCUGACACUAUAUAUAAUCCUUAGGGUCCCGUCACCCUCAGGGCCCACCUCCCGCUGGGCUGAAGGGGUUAAAACCCCUUCAGCCACUUACCUUUAUCCAGCACCGGGCUCCCUCUGCGCUGGUGACCUCUCCUCCACCUCCGACGUCAGCUCCUGAGUGGAGCCAAAUGCGCAUUAAAAACGCCUAUAGGAAAGCAUUUCUUAAUAUGGCAUUUUUUUUUUUUUCUCAGUUUUCCAAAUUUGUUUCCGUUAAAAGAAUGCAUGUUGCUUAGAAUUAAGAAUAAUAGUGUGUUGGGUGAAAUGUAUUUUUACUUUUUGUUCACUCUCUAAUUGUGUGUUUUGUUUUUUUUGUUUUUUGUUUUUUUUUCUCUUCUCCAUUUAAAGCUGCUCAGAUCCAGAGCUUAUUAAAUCAACUUGGAACCAGCAAAGAUUCCACUAAACUCCAGCAGAACCUGUAAGAUGUUUUAAUGCAAUAAUAUUCCUUCAUUUUGUUUUUUGUACCUAACACAUAUCUUUUCAUUCUAUUUCCGUCAAUGCUACAAACCCUCACUGAACACUCUCAUCACUUUAACUACUUAACUCACAUUUUCCUCCUCUGAAUGAACGUCUGUGUUACAUCCUAUGUAGGCAGCAGAUUCAACAUUCCACUAAUGUCUUGGCCAAGGAGACCAACACAUAUUUGAAGGACCUUGCUUCUGUUCCUACCCCACUAUCCCCAGUUGAGCAGGUAACUUACCACGCUGGCCUUUCAAUUAUAUCACUGAAUUACUUCAUAGUCCGUUAGAAAGGAAGAGUUCUAUGAAAAGAAUAAAUGUAAAAUUAAGAAAAGAUAAAGGAGGGGGUUUGCUGAAUUAAGAAAACAAAAUUGUUUUCUUUGUGAAAUUAUAUAUAUAUAUAUAUAUACACACACACACAAAUAAAACCUGCUUGUUAAUUUAUGCUUCAAAGCAACUACAUUAAAAAAAAAAUGUAAUUUCAAUUGUAAAACUCUUACUUAAAAAGUGCUCUCCGUGGACUGACACAUUAAUUGGGGUGCUAUUUACACUUUGUACCAACUGCUAUGGAAUAAAGCUACCUGAAUGUCACACUGAAGAGACACAUGAGUGUAUUUUUCUUUUACUUGUUGGAAUAUGGUCCUAAACAUUACUCCCAUUGUGUACAUCACAUCCCAUUUGGCCUUUUCAAGGAGCUUGUCUCAUUGCUAAUAAGAUUUCCUUUUAAAUUGACCACACAUGAGCAGUUAAAUAGAAUAUCUCUGACAUGCUCUUUUGGUUAAAGCUUGCGUGAAGAUGAAUGACUGACUAGCACAUGAUUUCCAUGGGAAGGUAAUAAAAGAAUGAUUGGACUGUGCUAGAGACCAUCAACUGGUCUGUGAGAGACAUAGCAAUUUCAGCUUCAGCUAAUUCAGCUUAUUCAUGCAAAAUCAUGCUGAACUGAUUACAUAAUCACAAAGGAAGUAAUGUGGUAUUAUGAAGAUAUACUUAUGUGGUUAUUCACAUAAUUAGCCUUAUAAAAGGAGACUUGAGCAGUAGGAAUACAAAUGUGUAUACCUAGCACUAUAAUGCUGAAGUCACUGUUUAGGUGACCUGGCCUCUAUUGCCUCUGUUAAAACAGUGAUUUAACUUAACUUUUCUCACUUGCAGCAAGGGUCUCCAGUGUGCUGCUCUGCCUCUUUGGCUGAGAUCAUCAAAAUCAGUCUCAGCCAAUGCACUGCUUUCCCAUAGAAAUGGAUGGUACAUGGUACCCAGACCACUUCCUUGAAAUGAAGUGGUGUCGCUGGCUAUAAUGUUCCUUUAAUCCCAAGCACACUACUUCCUUUAUAAUAAUUGCCAGUAGUAAUUGAGUGCCUAUUUUAAGCUUUGCAUUUCACAUUUUCUCCCAAGACACUUUUUUUUUUCUGGUUAUAGAGGAUGCAGAGUGAUCUAUCAGUGUCUGGAAUUAACCUAUAGUUAUGUAAGGUACAGAGAGGAAUUUAUACUUACAGGAAUGUUUUCAUUAUUUUAGCUUUUUUACUUUAAUGGUAGAAACCAUUGGAAUAGUGGUACCAUACAUGCCAUGUGAAAGUGAAUCUAAGCCAACAUCACAUAAAAAAAAAACAUGCUUUAUUUUAUGGAUGUUUCAAACCAAAGUAUCAUGGUAUAAAUACAUCAUGUGUCCCAUUUAAGAAAGUAUGUGUGCUAAAUAAAAACAAAAAGAGUGGGGGGGGGGGACCAACUGUGGUGUGUGUGUGUGUGUGUUUGUUAACUUUCCACAACAACUGCCUGUUGGGUUUACAUGGGUUAAAGGCAUUCAUUACCCAUAGUUCAGAGGUACCCUUUCCAUUAAUUCUUUAGGAAUGGUGUGUGACUGUGCUGCCUGUAACUUAUUUGUUUGCUUUGUGAAUUAGCUAUCCUCUCUGCUUUCUACCUCCUCAGCGGCAGCAGAAGCUCCAGAAGGAGCGUCUUAUGAAUGAUUUCUCUGCUGCACUCAACCACUUCCAAGCUACCCAGAGACAGGUCUCUCAAAAAGAGAAGGAGACUGUUGCCCGUGCCAGAGCUGGCUCACGUUUAUCGGUAUGAGACACCAAACUCUGAAAUUGUUGUGAUGUUCCUUAUGUGAAUACUUAUGUGUAUUCUGCCAGUUUAUUUGAAGUCUGUGUUAUGUACAAGACACUUUAUGUAUGUACAUGUUAUCCUUCUGAUGUUUAAAUAACUUUUUAUGUUUAGAAUGAUGAAAAGCAGAAAGAAGAACAGCUUGUUUCAUUUGACAAGUAAGUUUGAUAUGUGGAAGAUAAAGUCUCCUAUUUUAAAACUGUUGUCCACAAAUGCAUGUAUACCAGGAUAAAGGAUACAAUUCAGUCUAUAUCCUAUGUUCUCAAAAUCACUAGCUAAUGAUUAAAUUUGUCAUUACUGAAAUCUUUGUUGGAUGCCCUCUGGGUAUCCAUGUUUGCUCAUGGCCACAAACACUGUAUUAUGGAGUUAAUACUUGUAUAGCUGUAGUAUAGACAUAUGGGGCUAUUCCGACAUUGUUCACACCAUUUCACAAUGUCUGGGUUUUGCAGCGCUAGCCCUGUACAGAUACAGAACUAUGUGAAUUUAAUUUACCUAGAAAAAAUAAAAUGUGUGUAUUUAUAGCCCCCUUCCCCCCCACCCUCUAUUAUUGUGGAAUCACUGAACUUCAGGGAGUGUAUACAUUAAGUUUUUAUUACAAGCGAAUGAUAAUUUGCAGAUGAAUGGAUGUUUUCAGUCUGGGUUUUCAUUAAAACCGGUGCUUUGUAAAUGUCCAAAUCCCACUCGUUUCUUUAGGAUUGUUAUGAAAAAGGCAUUCUGUCAGGUUGAAAAAAUUCCAAAUUGAAUUGGCUUUAGUUAAAUUACAAUUGCCAGUUCAGUCCGAAUUCUGCCAUUUUCAACAAAUUACGUGCACAGUGUGCAGCACUGAUGUUCAGUGUCUCCACGCUCUACAUGAGACUCUAAACUUUCCCCACAGAGAGAUGCAUUGAUUAAAUUGCUGAUUGGCCAGGGUGGCGAUUGGCUCUGCCUUCCCCAUCCCGGUCUGCCUAGUUGGGUCAAAUCAUCAGAAUUGACAAUCUCAGCCAAUCCAAUGCUUCCUAUGGAAAAACAUUGUGAUUGGCUGAAAUCAUCUGUUUUGAUGUCAGCCAAGAGGGCAGAGCCAGAUGCGAGGAGCCCUAAGUGAUGCUGGAAGAAGGUGAGUUAUUACUCAUUAAAAGGGGGGAGGGGCUAAAUGGUUUUAACUCUACAGGAAUACACAUUUGUAAGUGUUAUUUGCCUGCUGUCUGCUUGGGUUGAAAGUGUUGGUUUUGUUUUGUUUUAUUAAAAUUUGUUAAUGUGGAUUUUUAAAGUCUGGGCCUUUUGAUUUUAAGCACCAGACAGAUUUUGGUCCGGUUGCAGUGCAGAACAGAUUUGAGAGCCAAAAAACAGCAGUAUUCUCAGAAUACUCUUGCAACCAGAUGUGGACCCCUUGCUCACAUUGCCUAAAGAGAUAUCAGCUAUGCCUCACUGAUGCCUAACAAGGCUGAAACUAUAGUCUGGGGUUGCUGUGUCUCUCGUGCAGAGGGAACUUGCUGGCAUUUCGGAUCUGGACUGCCCGUAUGGGUGGGACCAGUCUAUGUUUCAGAGAGGUUCUCUCUGUAAUGGCACAAGAUGAGCUAAAACAAGCUUGAGAAAUGAGUGGAGACCCACCGAAGGGCAGGCUAUUUCAGCUGCUGCCUGUUCUCAGUAUUCUCUUGCGCCCCGUUUUUUGCUCUGCAGAACAGAUUCGGGCUCUUUCGGAUGCCUAGUUUGUAAAAUCUAGACCUUAUUAAAUCUUAAGGUCAAUGACUGAAUUGGCUCCACACUGCACUGAUUGGUUGGUUUUAACUCCUUUCAGUAUGUGGCCAUUUAAAAUGCAGCAAAUAAUCUGGUAUGUUUCCAUAUACAGUACUGUAUGAGUUUUUGCCACUAAAUAUUACAAGAUUUACCCACCUCCUAAUUCUUCUAGGGAAUGCUGGCUCUGUAUGUAGAUAAAAAUGUGUAUCCUUUUAUUUUAUUUUUAUUUUUUAGUUUAUUUUUUUUUCUUCAGUAUACAAGUCCAUAGACACCUGAAACAAAGUUGUUGUUGUGGUUUUAUUUUUUUAUAUAUUUUUUUUUUUAUUUUUAUUUUUUAAAGCAACGAUGAUUGGAACCAAAUGCAGAGCCAAGAGGAAGAUAUUGAAAUAACAGAACAGGAUCUUGAACUUAUAAAAGAAAGGGAGAGUGCCAUAGAAAAACUAGAGGUAAGGACAUUCCUCUGCUUUUGUAUGACUUGUGUAACUGUGGGGUGUUAAAAGAUGAAUGGAACUUUUUGUAGUGUUACCCACACUGCUACAUGCCCAUCUACUGUUAGGUGGUUUUUACUCCCUUGACCAAAUUUGUGCUCCAUAAUGUUCUAGUAGGGGUGUCCAUUGGUUUGUUUCAUAUAUAUAGUUAUGCCCCAGUCAAAUGCUCAUAAAAAGCUUACUAUGCAUCACUUUUUACCAGGUGCCAAGCUAAAUUUGGGUCUUUUUUUUUUUUUUUUUUAACCAAAAAUGGGCUUAAAAGUUUAAGUUCUAAGCUACUAGCCAGUGCUAAAAGUUACUUGACACUGUAAAGUGACCACUGUGAAUGGAAAUGGAGAAGGCUACAACCGCAUAUGCCCCCUAGUGAUUUGCUCAACAUCUGACAGUUCCUAGCAUGUUGAUGUGUAUAUAUCACACUAGUCACAGUGUGUCUGGUUUGUGGAGGAAAGUGGAUACUGGAAGUCGGGAUCCAAGGAGGUCUAGCUAUUCUGAAAGCUUGUAGCUGCCAGAUUCCCUAGCAGCCACAGAAAGCAACCAGGGCUGAAAUACCCCAUGCCAAUGACUUGUAGAAAUGUUUCUUCUUUGUUAGUAAUUCAGAUUUGGGGAACACUGUUAUCAUGGACCUUUUCAGGUUGUGGGUUGGUGUGGAUAAUAUGCUUUGAUGUGUCAUGAAAGCAAUCUGGUAAAAUUGCCAUUAGUGAUGCUUAGGAUACAAUAUGUUUUUGCGCAGGUUUUUAAUAUUUUAUUUUUUUUAUUUACGUUUCUUUUCUUUUUAUUUAUUUAUUUUUAUUUAUUUUUUAUUGCAAGGAUACUGUUUUGCUAACCCUGAAAAAUAUCAAGAUUCCUUAUCUUGUAUUACAGGGCUGGGCACAAGAUAGCUUUGAAACUACAACUAUCCUGAUGCUUUACCAGACUUUAGAAUAGCAAAGCAUCAUGGUUGCAGUUCUGCAAAUUCUGAGGAUCUGCUAUUUGGCCACCCCUGUAGUAGUUAAAUUAUUAAGGAUUUUCCAUACUUUCUACUAAACAGAACAUUAUAGUGACAGGUAAACAAAAAUGUAUUUGUCACUACAGCUAUGAAAGCGAUGUUUAGGUGGCCUGACACCCUGUUGGCUAAGUGAAAGGUGAUAUUACUCACAUGUGGGUCUGUCUUGGCUGGCCCCGCCCUGUUUGGUGAGAUCAUCAAACUUGAUGAUUUCAGCCAGUAGACUAUUGUGCAUGCAUGGCUAAAUACUGCAAUGCGCCAAUCAGCAUCUCCUCAUAGAGAUUUAUUGAAGCAAUACAUUUCUAUGAGGAACUUUCAGCGCCUUCAUGCAGAGCAUGGAAACUCUGAAUGUCCGUGCAGCACUAACCCAGAAGCGCCUCUAGUGGCCGUCUGAUUGACUGCCAGUAGAGGUGUUACUAGACAUUAAGGUAAACUCUGCCUUUUCUCUGAACAAAAACAGCAGACAAAAUGUGAAAGUGGCCAAAACUUAUUUUAACCCCAGGUAUGUCCAACAAAAAACGGCCCUUAAGGACCUCGGACGUACAUGGUACGUCCGCGGCUAUUUUGAGCGCUGGAAGCGAUCUCCAGCUGCUCUUAUUGUAUUACACGAUGCCUCGAUAUCGAGGCAUCGUAGAAUACCCCCCUACACUGCCGGGGACCCAAGUGAUCGUCCCCGACUGAGCCCAGAGAGUCCCGCAUCUCCAAUUUAAGACCCCCAGGGGCCAUGUGAUUACUCUAGUGGUUCUGGUGACUUUAGUCUCCCUUUGAUUUUUUUUUUUUUUUCAUGUUUAUCCUUCUCUAUUCUUCAGGAUCAUUCUGCACUAUGAACACACAGGCAGACAAAGUAAUGACAUCAGCUUUGCAUAGCAGGCAUGCAUGUUCUAUUUGCUCAGUAGAAGUUGGGUCUGUUAAUGCUCUUGCUCGCUCAGUGUGGAUGGCUGAUACUAUUGCAAUGUGAACAUGGUCAGUCAAAACUGUAAUCACAAAGAUUAAAAUGACACUGAUCAGGGAUGAAACAGGAGUGGUGAAAGUGGUUGUGAUGUGUCACAACAUUCGUGUGGUUAUUGGUACAUUUUAAAGUCACAAUUUCAAGUAGUGUAGCCUCUAUAAAAGGUGCUUGGCUCAUGGCACUAUUGUUGCUACACAAUAUGCAACCGUAUACUCAUGGAAAAUUAAAUGGACACUACAGACCUCAGAACAACUACAGCCUAAUGUUGUUCUGGUGUAUGUAGUCUACCCCUACAGCCAUUUUCAUGUAAACGCUAUUUUCAGACUGCCUUUUACUUUUCUCCCUAGGGACACCUCCAGGUGCAGUCACUCAGACUGUCACUAGAGGUGCUUCGUGGGUCAGUGCUGCACACUGUGCAGCACUGACCUUUAGCAUCUCUAUACUCUGCAUGGAGACACUAAACAAUAGAGACACUAAACAAUAGAGAUGCAUUGAUUCAACGAAUCUCUAUGAGGAGUUGCUGAUUGGUGCAGCGUGCCAUUUUGCUGCGCAUGCACAGUUGCCUCCCUAUGAUUCUCUGUGGGAAAGCACUGGAUUGGCGGAAAUCAUAAAGUUUGGUGUCAGCCAAAGAGUUGGAGCCAGCUGCGAGGAGACUCCCUGUGGGUUUCACUGCAGCUAUCUUCAUCCCCAUGGCUGACAUCAAACUUGAUGAUCUCACCCAAUCCAGUGCUGCAAAAAGGUUAGCAAAAUCACCUUUUAACUAGGGACAAGGGGACGGGGCUAAACUGUUAUGUUAGAACUAUAGUGUCAUAAAUACAUGCUUGUAUUCCUGGCACUGUUGUGUUACAUUAAAGGACCACUAUAGUGCAGGAAAACAAACUAAUUUUCCUGGCCCUAUAUGGUCUUUGGGUCACCUCCACCCUCUGGGCCAUCCUCCUGCUGGGCUAAAGGGGGAGGAAGAGAUUCAAUUCUUACCUUUCUUCGGCGCUGGGGACUCUCCUCCCUCUUCCGACGUCAUCCACUGAAUGCGCAUGCGCAGCAAGAGUUGCGCGCGCAUUCAGUCAGUCCAUAGGAAAACAUUAUUCAAUCACAGUAAGAAGCGCCUCUAGCAGCUGUAUUAGGCUGGAUUAACCCAUUUGUAAACAUAGCAGUUUCUCUGGGUGCCUAUAGUGGUCAUUUAAUAAUUUUAGUUACCGGUUCAUUUAUCGUAUGGUAAAGACAAACAGGCACUUAUGGGGAAAGUUAUGUAAAAAUUGUUCUUGUGCAAAAACUUGCCUUGCAGUAUUUACUAAAAGGCUUAUUGCUUACUGUAUCAGAGUGCUUACAAUAUUCACUAUGGUCUUUGUGCAACACUUUAAAAAAAAUAAAUGUAUUUCUCAUUUUACUUGUUUUCCUGACAGGCAGAUAUUCUUGACGUGAAUCAGAUUUUCAAGGAUCUAGCAGUCAUGAUUCAUGACCAAGGAGAGAUGAUAGGUACGUUCAUUAUUUCCUUUUUACACUGUUUGCUAAGUUCAGAAAUGUCACGGCUCAUGAUACUUUCCAGCUAUUAAGUGGCUUGUAAUAUUGGACAAGGAAACCUUCUGAUAGCCCUAUGGUAGUCUGAAGGUCUUUAAUAUGUCUUUCAUGGGUAAAUUUUUUUUAUUUUAUUUUUGAGUGUGGAAGUGACAGGGUUAAUGACACCAGACCCCUGGUUACCUGUUGCUAGUCCCAGCAACCACUCAAUAAACCCCUGCAAUCCCUUCUACACUAACCCCCUUAGUACACACUUUACUGCCACCACCAAGACUUUUAAACCCGGGCGUCUUAGGUUACCCCACACACACAGGAGAAUUAUAGUAUCACAGUUCUUUUACUGAUAAAACAUAUAUAGUUAACCCUUUUUGGUAACGUGUUUACCUGAGCUUUCCUCUGGAGAGUGAAGCUCAUAGAGAACAGACACAAGCUGAUAAAGUAAACAUUUAAUCUGACAAAAAGGAUUCACAGUGCUGAGUACAAAAUACAGAAAUAAAUGACAUACAGAUAACAAAUUGCAAAACAGUACAUAAAAUAGGAGAAAACACAAGAAAUUCCUUACAUGUAGUUACCCCAUAUAGAAUUCUUGUGGGAGUGUUAGAUGGUAUAGGUCUCAUAGAAGUUGCUGACAAAAGAAAAAUAAAUAACUGAACUCGAUAGUCCAGCACCCUCAUUAAUAUAUCUAAACUAGUUGUUGCUCAGUGGGCAGACCCCUGAGGGGGGGAUCAGAGGGGGUUGGUCUGGCAGUUUAUUGCCCACUCUGCAGUUCCUUGUGUCUAGCUCUGGUGAUGGCUAUCUAGAUGUUUUAUGGUCUAAGCCUGGUGCCAGAUCAAAGACCACAAUAAACGUCAUCCCAUGGAGUAUCUUUUUGGCAAAACACUGCACCAAUCAGCAUUUCCUCACAGAAAUUAAUCUCCCAUGCAGAGCGCAGGGAUGCUUAAUGCCAUUGCUGUACACUCCUGAGUGACUGCCAUUAGAUGUGUAACUAUCCAACCAUGUAAACACUGCCUUUUACAAUGCAAAGGCUGUAGGGACCAUGCCGUAGACACCAGAACCUAUACAUUGAGCUGUAGUGGUUCUGGUGACUCUAGUCUCCCUUUGAAUUUUUUUUUCCAUGUUUAUCCUCCUCUAUAUGAAUUUUAUAAAAAAAUUUUUUUUUUUUUUUCCUACCCAUCCUUUUAUUGCUGACUACUCUUUGUAUAUGCAUUUCCUGUUGGGACUCUAAGAUUUCUAAUUUCUUCUGCAGACAGCAUAGAAGCUAAUGUUGAAAGUGCAGAGGUUCAUGUAGAACGAGGAACAGAGCAGCUGCAGAGUGCAGCAUACUACCAGGUAAAAACAGUGGUUUCAAAAAUAAAUACAAAAAUAAGGGCAUUGUACACUUCAUUUAGGUGUGUGCAUAUGAAAAGUGUGCUGAUGAGCAAAAAUCAGCUUGAGAACUGAGCGGGGACCAACCGAAGGGCAGGCUAUUUCAGCUGCUGCCCGUUCUCAGUAUUCUCUUGCGACCCAUUUUUGACUCUCCACAAGUUUAAAGGGAUAAUCCAGACGUGGACCCCUUGCUCACGGUGCCUAGGGAGAGAUCAGCUAUGCCUCACUGAUGAUGCCUAACAAGGCUGAAACGAUCGUCUGAGGUUGCUAUGUCUCUCGUGCAGAGGGAACUUGCUGGCAUUUCGGAUCUGGAUUGCCCGUAUGGGUGGGGCCAGUCAAUGUUUCAGAUCAGCUUGAGAACUGAGCGGGGACCGACCGAAGGGCAGGCUAUUUCAGCUGCUGCCCGUUCUCAGUAUUCUCUUGCGACCCAUUUUUGACUCUCGAAAAGUGUAUUGUUUGUUUCAUUUAUAUUUGACUUAAAUUUUGUUGUGCAUAAAAGUCUAAUUAUAUCUACUCCACAUGUUUCCAUCAGUUGCUUUUAUUUAGACCUAAAAACACUCCAUACGUUUAAAACACUUCACCAUGUAAGUAGUCAGAGCACUUUGGAACGGUUUAAUUUCUUACUGGAGGUCCACCAGUGACUGCUCCCUGUCUCUCCUCUUCCAUAUGAGAGCUGAAAGCACAUGGUUUGGGGCUUCCAGUAACUCUCCUAAGCUAAGCCCUUUAGUGCAGGGCCAGCUCAAGAAGCAGUGCCCAAUGGACCCCAAGUUACAAGUCAAAUGGAAGUGUUCCUUUAAGUUUGAAAGUAUGAAUUGGCCUGCAGACAUGCAUGAUUAAAGAUUCAAUUCUAAUUUACAUAUAGUGAAAUAAUAUUUUGGUCAUUGUGACCCAAGCCUAUAAUUUAUUUUUAUUUUUUCUCCCCAGAAAAAGUCCCGGAAGAAGAUGUGUAUCAUUAUUCUUGUUUUGGCUAUCAUAGCUGCACUUUUGGGUCUUAUUAUAUGGUUGUCUUUGAAGUCAUGAGGGCACCUCCGACCUUCCUCUCACCCAAGCAGCAGGAUGACAUGACUAGUCUCUCGCCGUUCAAUAGAAAUAUCUCUGAAGUACCCACUGUGUGUAACCAGUAGAGGCUGAUACAGUAUUUCCAAAUGAAGGCACAGAAAAGGGAUCAAAUUAGUUUUAAUAGCAACCCUACUUUAUUGACACCGUGGUUAAAGGGCAAACUUAACUAUUAAUGAAUUAAUUUAAAUGUAUUUAUCUAUGCAGCUGACUAAUAUAUAGUUUAUUUCCCUUCUUUCUUGAUUUCAACCAAUAACAUUUAUUAGUCACUGACCUAUUAUCUAUAUCUUUUAACCCACUCAUUUGGUCUCUCAUGGUAGCACUUUGCUGUUGCAGCCAGCAUAUCAGCCCAGUUGCACUUUAAAUAUAAUACCUUUACAGAGAAGAUAACACUAAUGUAAUUCUUUGCCUGCCCCACUACACUGCCUGUAUAUAAAAUGCUGCAAUACACAUUUUUUUUUAUUUAUUUUUUUUUAGCUUUUUUUUGUUUUUGGUUUUUUUGUGUGUGGGGGCGGGCAGGGGUCAAGAUAUUGAUCUGCAUAUAUAUAACGUGAAAACUCUGCAAAAUAACUUUUCUAUUUGUAGAAGACAUCAGUGCAUUUUUAAUCAUAAGAUGUUAUGUUAUUUGUGUAUACCCGAAGUGCAAAUGUGCAUCCUAAUGAGCCACUGCUUUUCCAGAGUUUCAGGAUAAUACAGUUUAACCUUAUUUACUAUGAAUAACUUAAAUGUAUAACUAUUACCUUGGUGGCCAUGAAAAACUGAGUGGUUACCUCCCGACUUCCUGUUGUGUAUUCACACAUGAAUACUUGUAUACAUAUGUGUAUCUCCCAGAUUUGAUAACUGUUGUGAAUCUUGGUCCUAGGUUUUAGGCCAUAGGGAGUUGUAGUAAUUAUAUAGAUAUUUAUAUAAACACAUGUCUGUGUUGUGUAUAGGAAGAGAGAAAAAUAAACCAGUUAAAAAGGAAAUGCCUUUUUUUUAAUUUUUAUUUUAUGUGUAAUAUGAAUACUAUUUUGCAGUGGAGGAAAUGUGGCUAUGCUUGGUUUGAAUGAUGAGAUGGGAGGGAUAAAUGGAUAAGUUCUGGGGGGGAAAAAAUGGAUAGUGAUGUGGACACCUCUUUGUAGUUGUGUCCACUCCAACUACACCCAUUGAUUGACAGGUGCAGAAAAACACAAAGCAAUUAAAUGUUCAUUUUGGCAGUAAAAUAGUCAUUCCUGUAGAGCACAAUCAAGGUCAACAUGUCAGUGCCAUAGGAUACCAUCUUUCCAACAGUUUAGUUUCUCAGUUGUUUGUUUGAAGCUGCCAUGUCCAUGAACAACAAAUCAUAUUUAUGUAAUAAGUCACACAUGUUCUUAAAAGUACACAGCAAUACUGAGUGCUGGAAUACAUUUUGAAACGUGUUUCUAUGGCUCACAAUCUGCACCAAAACCUGCACAAUUCCAAGUGACUAUCUAAAGUUGUAUAAAGCUUACUGUUUUUAUAUAGUACCAAUGUAUUCUGCCACACUUUAGAAUUAUAGGGAUAUUUAGAAGAGACAAAGGCCCUGCUCAAACAUGUUUACAGUCUGAGGAUUUGCGGUAUUCCGGUAUAUAUCAUUUAGUGUCUUGCCCAAGGACACUUAACUGGGGAGGUGUUGUGACCUGGAUUCCCAGUCUUAAGACCGUUUGCUCUUAGUAGCUUCUGCCUGAUGAUGAAUCCAAUAUCAAAUGUGUCUUAUAGACAAAUUGCAGUGAAUACACAUACAAACAGGCUUGUCGUGCCCCAACUGCAUACAAGAAGCAUGCCAAGAUACAUAGCUCCAAGUUAGAAGGGAAUUAUAAAGACACGCAGUGUUUUUUUCAAAAUUAUAAUAAGCAUUAUAGGUCGGGAUGAGAAUAAAAAAAAUAUCAAAAAGAAGAGAGAGAUAGAUAUAGAUAUAUCAGAUAUGAACUGUCAGUUUGAGUAGUCAAAGCUGUAUAAAAUUACAUCAUAUUAAACGUAAAAAAGAAUCUGUUGAUCGUGUAGUAUUCACACGUUCGAUGGCAAUAAAUUAACAAAACAAUGGUAGCAGCAUAAGAUUAUGUUAGCAAAAACUUGUCUGCCGUUUCUGGGCAAUGUCUUUGAUUUAAAAAUAAAUAUAGGAAACCAUAGGUAACCGGGAUAAAAACUUUGAGAAUUAACAGUGUGAAGCACAAGACAAAUUUGGAUUUAUCAAAUGUCAGGAGACUAUGAUCAGCUUGGCAAAUAGCGCCAGUGUAAUGUUUGGAAGUGGUGGAAUAAUGAGAUCUAUUUCACAGUCAAAAAGAACACUGGGCACCGUAUCCACCCCAGCUGAGGACUUUUGAUAAUAAUGAACAGAUUGAAUAUGAGGAGAGGUCUGUAUUGUGGUGAUGUGAGGACACAAAUAGCUAUGUGAGGUCUAAGAGAAUUAGUCCCAAGAUAAACCAAUACUAUUAAGAAUACCAGAUGAACACAUCCCUCAGAGUACCUUGCACAAAAACAUAGGAAUAUUCAGAUUUUCCUUUGCAGAAACAUGCUUGCUUUAAAAUGAUUAGGAAAUGAUUUACAUGCUUGGUUUAUGCAUAUGUUUAUGUAAAAUGACUAGUGACCAAUGUAUUGGGUGUAUCCUGG